AUGCAGUCAUUCACUGUUGACGGACUUGAGUCUGUAUUGAAUGAUGGAUCGAAGUUUGCAUUCGUACUUAGCAACCCGCGAUGCUCGCUGGUGAGCCAGAGCGUUCAGCUGGAGCGAGCGCAGCUCACGCGCCGUCCUAUUCGAAGACGCCGGUGCGUGCUCAAAAUCAACAGCCUAGCGCAGCUUCUCUUCGCAUCGUCUUGGGCAGCUUACGGGUUCCGCGAGCUUGAGCGCCGUUUAGAAGGGCGCCUCGUAACAGCGGGUGCCAGAAGACCCGUGCACGCGGGCGGCGUCGGGGUACCACCCUCGUUUGCCGGUUCGCAGUACCAGACUGUGGUCGUGUGGCUUCGAGAAGGUGAAAAUCUAAGGCUCCACGACAAUCCAGUCAUAGAAAAGGCACUAGCACUCUCCAGAGAGGGAGCCAGUACCCCCGAUGCGGGCAGAUCGUCAGGUCCCGACCAGUCUUCGUGGUUGCCGACACGUUUGUUGCCCAUAUUUAUCGAAACGCCCUGGGACAAGCAUGGACGACUGCGCACCUGGCGACAGCAGAAACAAGUUAGGGAAUGCGUUCAGUUCCUUGGGGAGGCGCUCCACCAAACCGGCAGUGGACUUGUGUGGGUUCGCGUCUCUGACACACACCUGACGCGUCUCGAGGAUAUGGCCAAUUUGAGGACUGCUGCGCUCGUGGAGACCCUUGCAUCCCUUGAGCUUCACUCUCUGACUGCGGUGACGUAUCCUUGCGGCGGGACCCGAUUACAGGGUCUCGAAGAGGAGAUACUCGUUCAGCGCCUUGGCUCCAGCACAGAUGCUGACGCAGCAGCGAAUGCUCUGCAACGCCGUGCUAUGUGUCGCGCGAUUCGGCUCGUCAGCGUUCAGGAUACUGCGAAUACGCUGUUCGCGUUGGCGCGGCUCCCGUUCUCGAUUGCAAAGAUGCCCGAUGAUUGCGAUGCGUUUGCGCAGGCCCUGGACACACUGGGAGAGCCCGAGCCAAGCCAGCAUGCACCGGUCUCAUUACCGCCUCUGCCCCGCGAAGCACUGGAUUCUCCUUUUUACUACAAUCCCGAAAUCGUAUCCGGAAAACCCCCGAUGGUCGAUUCCCCUGAUGCACACCAACCCUUUCAUGAGCAAUUCGUUCUCGAAGCGCUUGAAGCGUAUGCCAAAUCCGAGACGCCGCUCGUCAUGAUUGCUGAUGAUACGAUUCAAACACGGAGCCAGGGCAUCCUUGGGGUCGCCAUGGAGCUGGGUUGCCUCUCGCCGCGGCGCUUCUGGCACGCUAUUCGAGAGCAUCUUCCGACAACAUCCAUUCGUCGCCAGUGUGCGUGGUUUGAUAUCAUCCUUCACGAUUUCGUACGUUUAUUGACAUGGAAACGUGGUAUUCACCCAGCAUGA